GUGCUCAUCGGGCUCCCAGCUCCUGGCGGCCUGCUGGGCACAGGCCUGGGAACCUGUGGUCCUCCGCAUGCCUCGCCUCCAGAACUGAAUCUGACCUCUUCGCGGGGGGCUGUGGGAUUUAGGCAGCAGUGAUGAACACCUCAUCCUCCACCCCUACAAUCUUGCCCCCUGCCUCGUCCCGUCUCAGGCGUCUGGGCGACAAACUGCAGGGCCUCCGGAUUCCUCUCAUGCUUUACUCUGCUUCCAUCCUCAGGCGCUGUCUCCAGGCAGGCUGCUCUGAGCCAACACUGAGGAACCUCUUGCUCUGCCUACAUCUUGGGAAAGAAGACCUUGAACCUGAGCCUGGCAGUGGGAAUCAAUAAUGGUGAUACUGAUGAUCUCUAGAUUUGUGGUAACAGAUAAAAAGAUGUACUUUUUGAUAAAUAUUUGUUGAUUGCUAUAAAUUAAUGGCUAUUUAAUUUUUAUUUUUGACUCUAAGAUGCUAUAGAUUAUGAGGCAUUAUUAUUUUAUACGCCAUUAAGAUAGAAAAUAAAUGCUAACGAGUAAACUGUGAUGUCAAUUGAUUUUACAGCAUCUAGGGUCAUUAAAAGUAGCAUGCAGCUUACAAUUCGUAAGAGAUUAUAUGAGGCCUUGUAAGAGUCCUUGAGUAUUUUUGUGGCUCAGAGCCGCGUCCCUUUAUUAUAAACUAAGCUCUUAAAGGGCAAAGAUCUAUUUUUCUUUAGCUUUUUCCUCACUCACCACACCCAGGGGUUGCUUAAUAACUGUGGAAUGAUUAACAAAAUUGUACUGGAUAUUCGAUCUAAACAUCUAUUUUUAGUUAAUCAACUAGAUACAGUGAAAUGAGGCCUAAUACUCCAUGUGGUUGGUCACAUAGCAAAAGCAUUUGGGAGUCAGAAGACACUGGUCAGAAGAUUGGGAUUCCAAGCUGGCUCUGUCCACAGGCCUCUGAGAAGUAGGGGUAAUGAUGUCACCUGCAGUGCUGCUGGGUGGGUUAAAAGAGCCUGUCAGUCAGGCACUUGAAAGCACUGUGUCCACCAUUAAGGCCUAGACACUCUCCCUCCUCCUGGCCGAGUUGGUUCUGCUACCAGGAACUGAACCCAGCUACUUGAAGAGCGUGGCAUAAAUAGUGAAGUGGAUGGUAAAGAAGCAGAGACAACACCACAGUUUGGUUGUUAAAAGAAAGAGGGAAAUACACAGCAGCUCAAUGAAGAGGUCCGGGCCCCCGCGCACUCGAGCUCGGAACUACACUUCCCGGCAGGACGCGAGCGCGCGCACGCGCACCGGGGCCUCCGCCAUGGCGACCGUGCUGUCUAGGGCGCUCAAGCUGCCGGGGAAGAAGAGCCCGGACCUGGGGGAGUAUGACCCCCUCACGCAGGCCGACAGCGACGAGAGUGAAGAUGACCUCGUGCUUAACCUGCAGCAGAAGAACGGGGGGGUCAAAAAUGGCCAGAGUCCCCUGGGAGAAGCCCCGGAGCCCGACUCGGACGCCGAGCCCGCAGGGUCUGCCAAGCCGCAUCUCUCAGAGGUCACCACGGAGGGCUACCCCUUGGAGCCCCUGGGGGGCCUGGAGCAGAAGGCGGCAUCUUCCAUGGCAUCCUAUGUGCGCACGUCGGUCUUUCUGCUGAUGCUGGUGGUCUCCACCGUCCUGGUGCUCGUGUGUGCCUUCCUGAUCCCCUGUCCCCCUCGGGACCUGCACAGCACGUGGAGCCGCCGCUUGGGCCCCCAGGGAGGAGGGGACCUGAAUCCACUGGAACUGGCUGAUGUGAAUGGAGAUGGCCUGCGUGACGUGCUGCUCUCCUUCGUGACACUGAGGAACGGGAGCACAGCCGGUGUCUCCAGGCCACCCGCUCUCCUUGUGUGCCUUUCGGGGAUGAAUGGCAGCACACUGUGGUCAAGUCCCCUCCCCGAGGAGGCCCGAGAUGUUACCUGUUUGGAUCUGAUGCCGGGGAGCGGGGCUGGAACCGUCUGCCUUGUGACGGGGACACACAAGAUGCUCAGUGCAUUCAACGGGACGUCAGGGAAAGCCAUUUGGACCUUAAACCCAAACUACUUAUCCAACGGGACCCUGGCUGCUCCAGGUGUGAUGCUGCCGGACCUGGAUGAAGAUGGCGUUAGAGAUCUCGUGGUUCUGGCCAUUGGGGAGGUGCAACCAGAUCUGUGCUUUCUGCUGGUGUCUGGCCGGACCGGGAGUCCCGUGGGCCGGCCUGUGAAGUACAGCAUCGUUGGAGUGGGGAACCUGAUCGGCCCUCAGGUGUACAUCACCGCGAGCGGGGCUGUCUACAUCCUGUUUGGCUUUGGGAAUAUCCAGGCUGUCGCCCUGCGGGACAUAUUUGUUCAGGCCCAGAAUCGAGACAGCUCACCACCUUCCCUGCAGAUAGAAGAGCCCGAGUGGGAGAAACGAAGAUCCAUCAACCUGUCUGAGCUCAUUGAUGUUUACAGCUAUGGGGUCGAGCUCCUGCAGAUGGUGAAAGCAGCGGAUUCCAACUGCAGCAACCUCCUGAUCACGACCAGACAAGGCCUCGUCCUGCUGCGGGGACAAAACCUCACCCCGUCCUGGACCUUGAGCCUUCAGGGCCUGCGCAGUCAGCCUACACCUGGGUAUUUCACGGAUGAUGAGACAUUAGACUUCCUUCUGCAGAUACCAAGUGGAACUGGGAUGAAAAAGGUGAUGGUGGUGGAUGGGGACUCUGGGCUGGUCACUUGGAGUUACAGUGUCCCCUGUCGCAUGCGAGAAACCCCAACCACCUCAGCGGCCACUGUGGACCAGAAGUCUGUCUUCCUCUUCUGGGCUGAAGGGCUGUCAGCUCCAUCUCCCAGUUCGGAUGUCACCCUAGGAACCGAGGCCCCUGACCUUCACCACCUUUACCUCCUGCACCCGGCCUUCCCCUCGAUUCUUCUGGAUCUGGCCAAUGCCACGGGGACCGUGACGGCUUCAGAGGUUGGGAUCAACGACCUCUGGAAAGAUGCCUUUUAUGUUACCAGGACAACAGGGCCCAGCUCCGAAGGCCACCCGGCACCCCUGGUGGUCAGCAAGCUUAGUCUGCGGUGGGCGCUGAUGGAGGGCCAAGUGGUCCAGCUAAAGGAGACCACCCCCAAAAUUGGCCGCGGGGAGCUGCGGAGAUUCCUCUCUAGGAUAAAGUUCGUUGAUUCUCCCUACCAGAUGUAGUCUGACAGACUCUUCAGUUUCAGAAGAUGUGAACUCUCCAGCUGGGGUUCACUCAGCUCCUUGGAGAGGAAGACUUGUCACCCGACUCCACCACCUCCGUGUGACUGUCGCCAAGCACUUUGGAAGGACUCGCAGCUCUUGGGUAACAGCACGGUCCGUUCGGCUGGGGCAUCUCACCUGCCUUUCCAGUCCCUGUGUUAAUCCCCUCUAGGCACUGUGUGUGGAGAGUUUGGAAAUGUGAAUUGUACUGUGGAUUUUUUUUUUUUUUGUAAGUUUUAAUUUAUAAACCCUUUCUGGGAAACUCUGGUGAGGUUCCUCCCUGGACCAUAUUGUUGGACAUUGUCAUGAGUGUGUAUUGUUUAGUAUAGUGAUGAAAUCUUUUCUAGAUAAGCCUGUCCUUCAGCUUGUCCAUCUGAAACACAUCUGGUUGGUUUGGUCCUCCUGAGACUCCCAGACAGCCUACCUCUGAUGUGGAGGGCCCCUCAGCCCUUCUCCCCUUAGUCUCCUCCCAUGUGCACCUCGACCUUGGCAGCAGUGAGGAAGGUCCGUGGUGGGGACCGGGGAGCCACCCAGCAUCCUCACCCCUUCCUUGUCUGUGUCUCCUGUCUCCUCUUACCUGCUCUCUAUGUAUUUAGGGGCCAUAAGAAUAUCCUAGGAGUUCUCGUCGUGGCGCAGUGGAAACGAAUCCGACCAUGAGGAACCAUGAGGUUGUGGGUUCAAUCCCUGGCCUUGCUCGGUGGGUUGAGGAUCUGGUGUUGCCCUGAGCUGUGGUGUAGGUCGCAGAUGCGGCUCGGAUCUGAUGUUGCCGUGGCUGUGGCAUAGGCUGGCAACUGUAGCUCCGAUUGGACCCCUAGCCUGGGCCUCUCCAUAUACUGUGGGUUCGGCCCUAAAAAGCAAAAAAAAAAAAAAAAAAAAAAAAAGACUACCAUCCCUAUUCUGGAGUUCCCUGGUGGCUUUGCAGUUCAGGAUCCAGUGUUGUCACUGUUGUGGCAUAGGUUCAAUACCUGGCCUGCGACCCUAGGCAUGCCAAAAAAAAAAAAAAAAAAAAGGAAUAUCCCUAUUCUUAUCAGAAGGGGAACAAAGGAAGUUGAACUGCCCUGCUUCUGACAAGAGUCCACAGGGUAUGAUGUGGUUUUUUACAGCUAUACCUUCAGAAAUGCUUAUGUGUACGCCACCCUCAACUUCGGGGAAAACUCACAUCAGGAAUGACUGAGGCGACUGCCCCAUCCCCUUCACCCCUCCUCUGUGUUCAUAGCAUCUUCUCUGAUUGGGCGUCCUCCUUACUGGCUCUCCUCUUGCUGUCUCUUAUUCAGGGAUACUUUUUGCUUUGCUUGCAUGAAAGCAAAGCUGUUUCUGGACUCUGGCUCCUCGAGUCCAGCACACAGCCAUUCUGCCCUGUACCUUCCCUUCUCAUAGCGCCUUUGAAGCAGAGUAUUUUGAGAAAAUGUGUAAAUAAUGAUAACUUUUAUAAAUGGUUAAGAUCUUUAGAAUUAUCUCCAGGGCUAACUUCUCCCUUCUUCUAUGUGAAUAUGUUACUUUAUCAUGCUCUUUCCUAAAACUUCUAGGUCAUUAUUGAGAAAGCAGAGAUCCCACAUUAGCUGGGGAGAACCGCUGUCCUUCUCGAGUAAGUUUGGUAGAUCGUCCGAGUGCACCCAGCUUCUCUCUUUGCUUCAGCCUGUAUCUUUUUAGUUUGUGUUAAUAGGCUCCAGAAAAUUUAGAUGUUACAGAAAACUCAGAUCCCAGAUUUAAAGGCAUGUGAAUUACCCACGGGUAAGCGUUGUGACAAAACACAAGGUCGGUAGCCAGAGCUCCAAGCAAGCGUGUUGCCUGGCCUGUCGACUGGCCUUGCCAGGUCUGGGCACCCCUUGCCUUAAGCUCCUGGAAGCAAAUUUGGUUUUGACACUUUGGAAGGCAUGCGUGGGUCCAGCUUAUUGGGAACUUAGGGGAACAGUUAGAAGACAUUCGAGAGUAUGGGGUUGAGAAGUUCCCGUUGUGGCUCAGCAGUAAUGAACCCAACUAGUAUCCAUAAGGAUGCGGGUUUGAUCCCUGGCUCUGCUCAGUGGGUUAAGGAUCCGGCUUUGCUGUGAGCUGUGGUAUAGGUUGCAGAUGUGGCCCAAAUCCCCCAUUGCUGUGGCUGUGGUGUUGGCCAGCACCUGUAGCUCCUAUUCAAACCCUACCCAGGGAUUUCCAUAUGCUGCAGGUGUGGCCCUAAAAAGCAGAAAAAAAAAAAAGUAUGGGAUUGAUUCCAAAUUUGCUUGUAGGGUUUGAACCUGCCUGGGUAGAAGGGGCUAGGAUCUAGUUUGGUCUAAUAGAGAAUUCUAAAGACUAAUUCAUAAUCAGUUGAAUACCUAAAGCUUGAGUGGUGAUCCCAUGGCCUGGGCUGGGCGUCCCGGUUCUCUACCACGUGGAGGCUUUCAGGGAAGCCGGCCACUCUAGGCAGGUGUCAGUUCAAACUUGUUUACACUGGUUUGGGGGGAUUGUUUUGGACAGAAAACCGUAUUUAUGCUGGGUGAGUGCCAGAAAUACAUAAGAAGCUAGCAAAAACAAUGCCCCUAAACUCUUGGUGGUGUGUUUGCAAACUAACUGCACAGAGAUUGUUCUGCCUCUGAUAAGUUUGAACCUCCCCUUGUUAAACACAGCACACAAGCUCCAGGUUUGCUCUCCGUCUUGCCACCAGGACAAAGGAUGUAAAUGGUGGCUGGAGACUGAGGAAGCAUCACCUGACCAGCAUGGGUGCUGGUCUCUUGCCCAGUGCGGCUCUAAACUUCCUUCUCGCAGGCGAUCCCCCACCAGCUGUUUGACCCCCCCCCACCAGCCGUCUAAGACAGGAAGUGCUCUUCCCCCCCCCCCCGCCCCGCUCCCGCAUGGGGUUCCUGCAAAGCCAAUCAACCCCUCCUUAGAAAGAGAGCACUGACUUCUGCAAAUGCAGGGCUGUUCCUUCUCCCGCUGUCUCCUCUAUCCUCCCCUUACAGACCUGCAACCCCAGACAGCAUCCUCCCCCACCCCAGCGGGUCUCUUCCCCCUCUCCUCCAUCUGCUGUGGUCGGGUGGUCCCACCCCCUGGGAUGUGAAUGGCUGUCCUUACUGCUCAUGGUAAAGAAGAGCCGUUUAGGAUGCUGUCAGGAAGUGCUGUUUAAAAUGUGAAUUGUUACGGAACAAAUAAAUCCUGUGUGUAGGAGCAAA